AACAAUAUAGCUCUUAUGAAUAUUCAGGAGCGCAAUCGCGCACUUUGCAUCUUACAGGCUACCUUUCCCACUUGCUAAAGCGUCCGAUCGUCACGAAUGAAUGAUUUUAUCGUAAGCUUGCACAUAUUGUAGUCAAAGUGAUCACACGUGUAAUUUUAAAUAAAAAUAUUUACUAAUUACAUUAGAUAUUUUAGUUUUAAAAAUGUUUCGUUAGAAAAAUCCCCAAGUGUAGUAAAAGGCGAUAUACAUGUUAUUCCAAUUUAAUUUCAAUUUCAUAAUUCUGGGUAAGUUUUUACACAAGAAAAACAUAACAUUUAUGAAUGAAAAACAAUAUUGCUCGUUUGAAUAUUCAGGAGCGAAACGGCUCAAUCGGCAUGUUGCAAGCCGGUCAGUUCUUAAGGCUCGAUUGGUCAUUGUCGGCUCGGGUCCUACUUACAUGUACCCCGGGUACUCUUAAGCAUACUUACAUGUACCCCGGGUACGGUAAAUAUAUUUACACGUACCCGGGAAUUUUUCAUGCUUAAUCUGGCGUUGUCGAUGUUUCAAAUAUCUAAAAUAUUUUUUUUAAUUAAUUAUGUUUACAUUUAUGUCAUUUUUCUGUUUAAUGGCCUCUAUAUUAUCGAAUCUUAUACUCAAAAAGCAUGUUGAUGCAGUUUUUUUAACAUGAGAAGUUUGUUAAAGAUACAAAAUAUCGUUUUACGGUAAUCAGUAGCGCGUUUUACGACAUCUGAUUUUGGGCGGGAAUACAACUCGGGUAGAGUCUAAUAUCGACCAGGUACGUGUGAGUAUAUUUAUCGUACCCGGGGUACAUGUAAGUAGUACAAGUCGACAGUGACCAAUCGAGCGUUAUUAAGACUUGUAAGUUUAUGCGCUUUACUUCUCACUUUGUUAUUAUUUAACGUUAUACGAGUUUUCGAAUUUUACUUUUUAAGUGACGUUUUGAAUAUUUUAAGUUUUAUAUUUUAUUGUUUUUCAAGUUCAAUUAAAUUUUCAGGAAUUAUCAGAUAUGUGUUGAAUUAUUCUUGGUCCAAAUUUCAACACAAGGCGUUCAAAAAUAAGGCACCAGAUGUUUAUCUGAUUGGAGAAAAAUGUUUCAACGGCGCGGGACCAGACGCACAGCUGCUCACAUCUGAAGAAUUUAACGGAACAGCGCCCGCAAUUCGGCUUCCGCUCACCGGAUAUAGGACUAGGCAGGAGUAUCGAACCCUCUCGGUAUCCCAAAGGAAACGGUUCCACAAGGCGAUGAAUGGGCUCUAUAAGGACGGCACUUAUAGGUGUUUCGCUCGGGUCCACCGGCGGGGAAUGUCGCAAGGCAGCACACACGCAGGAUACGCCUUCCUCCCCUGGCAUCGGGCAUUCAUAGCGCUCUUUGAGGACGCGCUCCGCCUGAAGGACCGGGAUGUUAGCCUUCCCUACUGGGACAGCAGUUUGGAUGGCAACAUGGCCAACGAAAGCAAGUACUCCGUCAUGUGGGACAACGCGCACAUGGGGACCGGCAGGGGCGAGGUCAAUGAGGGCCCCUUUGCUGGCUGGCAGACGGUGAAGGGUAAUCUUACCCGGAACGUGGGCCGAGGAAAAGGGAAGCUGGCCAGACAAGACAGUAUCAAUUAUCUGCUCACUCUCUGCAGCUUUGACAAGUUUAGUAAAGAAUUGGAGAAAAUUCAUAAUGGCAUUCAUAAGUGGUUAGGAGGGGCUAUGAAAGGCAGCCUGGCCGCGUUUGACCCCCUAUUCUACAUGCACCACGCCUUCAUCGACGUCAUCUGGGAAAAGUUCCGACAGCGACAGCGCGCCACCUGUGGAGUGGAUCCGGCAUCCGACUACCCGCCUGCGCCUGUAGACUCAGGGGCACACGCGGCGGAAUAUUACAUGUUCGGGAUGCGCUUUUUCAAGAACAUAGACGGCAUGGCCGAUUACUGGAUCAACAAUUGGUAUAACUAUACGGACACACCCAUGUGCGCGAAUAAUUGCAGCGACAGCCCGGACCUAUAUUGCGACAAAGACAUAAACAUGUGUGCGUCGCGAUCGCAUGUUAGUUUUGGCGAUGAUGGUAUUGUGACGGAUGACGGUGGUUAUAAUAAGACGGGUGGCGAUGAGACAGGGACUCACUUGCGCGAUGUGCCCCCAACGGAAGUCAUCGCAGCGGAUGGAUGACGACGAGAUGAGAUGUCGAUCAUCAGAGUCAUAUUUAAAGUGUUUUAUUAAAGACAUAUCGAAUAUCUCAAAUAAGUGCUUUCAAUUUUCUUAUCAGCCAAUGCAUAAUUGAUUCAUUAACACCACAAUUAUUUAUUCACCAACAAGUUGUGUAACCACC